AGAGAAACCGAAGCUGUGGGAGUUGUGAUGGGCACCCCCGAGGGGCCCAGCAAGUGACAGCCAUCCCCCAUGUGAAUGAGGACUUCAGCGAAGGAGCUCGUCCUAGACCUGACAGCGAGACAGCCAUACAGACGACACAAUGUCACUGAACACGCGAAUCCAGGCUGUCUGCCUCCUGCUCCUCAUCCUGGCCAGCCUGACCAGUGCCUCAGUUCUCUUGUACCAGACAAGACAGCUCGCAGACCUACAGACUCAGGACGCAGCUGGAGCCACGGCUGGCUUGAUGCCAGGGCUCCAGAGGCCGAGGCGAGACACCCACUUCCCCAUCUGCAUCUUCUGUUGCGGCUGCUGUUAUAAAUCAAAGUGUGGGAUCUGUUGCAAAACAUAGAGCCUCUCUGCCCUUCCCAUCCUUCCCUUAUUUAUUCCUGUAGCCCUCCAACACUCAGCGAAUGGUCUCGGAAUAAAAUGGCUGUUUCUAGCUUUUAUUUUCCAAA